AUGGCUGGGGAGGCAAGGAAUACACAAUGUGCAAGUUCUAUUGAUCAGCAGCAUAAAUGGAGAAAAUCGAUGUCCACUGGAGCAUCUUCUUCAUCAGGGGUCCGUAGAAUUGGGUCAUCUAUCAUAUUCUCACUAUAUGGCAAUGUUUAUCCCAAUGGGUUUUAUUUUGUGCAAGUUUUCGUAGGACAUCCUCCAAGACCAUACUUUCUUGAUCCCGAUACAGGCAGUGAUCUAACAUGGCUUCAAUGUGAUGCGCCUUGUGUGCGUUGCACGAAGGGGUUUCAUCCGCUUUACCGGCCCAGCAAUGACCUUGUAGUAUGUAGAGAUCCCCUUUGUGCAUCUUUGCACUCGAGCGAUUAUAGAUGUGACAACCCAGAACAAUGUGAUUACGAGGUCGAGUAUGCAGAUGGAGGUUCCUCCCUUGGUGUACUUGUCAACGAUUUGUUUACCCUCAAUCUUACCAGUGGAGUUCGAAUUUUUCCUCGUCUGACUCUCGGAUGUGGGUAUGAUCAGCUACCUGGUAUAUCUGAUCAUCCCUUAGACGGAGUACUUGGUCUUGGCAAAGGAAAAUCCAGCAUUGUUUCUCAACUUCAUGAUCAGGGAGUGGUCAAAAAUGUUGUCGGCCAAUGUUUAAGUGGCCAAGGAGGGUACCUUUUCCUUGGAGAAGAUGUUUAUGAUUCUUCACGCAUAACAUGGACACCAAUGUCGCGUGAUUACACCAAACACUACACAGCUGAAAAUGCAGAAUUUGUUUUCGAUGGGAAAAGUACUGGGAUUAAGAAUCUUAAUGUGAUCUUCGACAGUGGGAGCUCUUAUACAUACUUUAAUUCUCAGAUUUACCAUUCUCUAAUUUCUUUGACAAAAAAAGGAUUAAGUGGGAAGCUGAGAGAAGCAACUGAUGACCGUACUCUUCCGUUCUGCUGGAAAGGAAAGAAACCUUUUGAAAAUAUACACGAUGUCAAGAAAUACUUCAAGCCUCUAGCAUUGAGAUUUCCCAAUGGCAGGAAAGCCAAACCCCAGUUUGAAAUUUCCCCUGAAGCAUAUCUUAUUAUAUCAUCAAAGGGCAAUGCUUGUUUGGGAAUUCUGAAUGGCACUGACAUAGGGUUGAAUAAUUUGAACAUGAUUGGGGAUAUUUCAAUGCAACAUAAAAUGAUAAUUUAUGACAAUGAGAAGCAAGCAAUAGGUUGGACUGCCGCAAAUUGUGAUCAGCCUCCGAGGUCAAAUCGUGCAAUCUUGUAA